GCUGGAGCGUGUUUUAAAGCGCACUGAGAGACACGAGCUGAGCGGAUGCAGUGAUGACUGCCCGUUUAUUCAUCUCCACCUGACAGCUGCUUGUUAUUUGGGUUUGGACAUCUGGACUGUUUUCCAGCUCGGGAGUCCCCGGAGUGACUGUCGGGGAAGCCCUCGUUUCUCAUUCUCACACUGAGCGGAGCAGCACACAAUGCCCACCACCACCUCCUCCUCCUCCUCAUCAUCAUCAUCAUCCUCCUCCUCCUCCACCGCGCGCACGGAUGCUGCUGCUGCUGCUGCUCCUCUCCGUUCCCUCGCCGGCGGACUGCUCCCAGCACCUCGGUGAACGAUGAUCGCAUUACGGAUCGGGCUCGGUAGUCGUGCCCUUUUUGUCUUCGGAGGUGCAGAAGAAGCAGAAGCAGAGCGGAUGCUUGGCAGGGAUAACAGCAGCAGCCUACACGUAGAAAGCUCUGAGCUCCGAGCAUCAGCUAGGCACACAUCUCCAUCCUCCUCCUCCUCCUCAUCAUCAUCAUCAUCAGUAUUACUAGAGCAAGAGAGACACGACUGAACUUCCGAUGAUGCAUUUAACAAAAAGGAUUGGUAUGAGUGUGAUCAUUUCCACCUGGAACAUCUAAGAUCUUCAAUUUGAAAGAAGGUUUUUUUUUAUUAUUAUUAUUUUAUUUUAUUUUAUUUUUGUUUUGGAGGAAAUCCUGGUCCCUGUCCACUGCAGCCUUCACCAUGAGCCACCCACAGCCUUCUCAGCCGUCCGCAGCACCCGACCUGGAAGUGAUCUCCCAGCAGAUGGAAGACGAAGGCCAAUGCAUGGCACCAGUUCAGUUGGUCAGCUUUACUUACCGAGAUCUCCCUCUGGCUGCGCUCGACAUCUCACUGGCUGGUUCUCAGCUCAUCUCCAACCUGGAUGAGGAGGAAAAUAGAGAAGGGUCUAACUGGCUGAAGCCGUGUUGCGGGAGGAGGGCAGCUCUUUGGCAGGUGUGUUUGCUGAGUGCAGGUUUUAACUGCUUGCUGGUGGCGUGUGUUAUUCUGGUGGUGGUCCUGCUGACUCUGGAGCUCCUAAUCGACACCCGGCUGCUGCAGUUUACCAAUGCGUCCCAGUUUGCUGGCGUUAUUCACUGGAUCAGCCUGGCCAUUCUCUCCAUUUUCUUCACUGAGACUGUCUUCAGGAUUGUGGUGCUGGGGAUAUGGGAUUACAUAGAGAACAAAGUUGAGGUGUUUGAUGGUGCUGUGAUCGUGCUCUCUUUGGCCCCGAUGGUUGCCUCCACCGUUGCUAAUGGACCCAGCAGCCCUUGGGAUGCCAUUAGCCUCAUCAUCACCCUUCGCAUAUGGAGGGUCAAGAGAAUUAUUGAUGCGUACGUGCUGCAGGUGAAGGUGGAGAUGGAGAUGGAGCUUCAGCAGUAUGAGAAGGCCAAAGCCGUGCGAGAGGAGCAGCUAGAGAGACUCACUCAGAUCUGUCAAGAGCAAGCGUUUGAGAUCAGGCAGCUGCGGGCUCACUUGGCCCAACAGGAUCUGGAUUUAGUUGCAGAGCGCGAGGCUGCUAUGCAGAUCCACCAUGUGUGGGGAAAACAGAGCAGCAGCUUUCAGGAGGUGGAUGGUCUUGGACCUGCAUCCUCUGACACUGAGGGCAGAGGGAAGAGGAGAGAGCCAGGAGCUCCUAUAGAAAACAUCACUCAAGAUGACAUGAACAAUUACAUCAGCCAGUAUUACAGUGAGCCGAGUAGUGAUCUUGGGGUUCCAGAGCCAGGCGCACGCAUCAUAACUACUGCAGCCAUAGACGUGCACCUGCCCACCAACCCAUGCCAGCUGCCUCCAUCUCUGGUGAGCGCUGAUGGACCAUGCAGUUCAGUGAGCGAGGCUCCCAGCAGCACAGUGUCACGCUCCAGCUGCAGCUUCUCUGCACGUCAGCACAGUGUCAGCAGCCAUACCCUGGCCUCUAGUAGCGAAUGCAGCUCUACCGUACGUGAGGCCUCCACCUCAGACUACAGCGGCCAGCACUGCUGUCCGCCCCCUUACUGCAGCCCACUGACACUGGGCACACAGGGAGGAGGGCACAAUCCUAGCACCGUGGUCCAGGAGCUUCUCUCAUCCCUGUCGGAGGACUCGUGUCUGGCCCAGAAGGGCCGAGUGAAUCCGCUCAACCUAAAGCUCCCCAGUCCAGCCGGCUCAGCCAAAGCUAGUCCCGAGCUGGAGCACAGGGUCAAUAUUUAUAAUAAGAGAAACCAAGAGAGUCUGGCUGUGUUCCAAACCAAGCCGUUGAUCCACCUGCAGGGAAAUGAGCCAUUGCUGGAUGAGAAGUACAGACUCAUGGAGCCUGCAGAUGCUCCAAUGACUCGCAUGCCAGACACGUAGGGUACGGAGUGCAGGAGCAUGGCCACCAUCACCAGCUAAAGCAGCUUCCCUCUCUACGUCUCUGUCUCUCAGCCAGCACUGUUCACUUUGAAUCCCAGGCUUCUUGCUCUAUAGAAGUACCCACUGAGUGAUACAAAAAUAAUUUUGCUUUCAAUUGCCUUCUCCAGCGGGGUUUUCCAACUUCAUGGUGAGGAAUUGUUAGCACAUUGUUGGUUCUCUCU